AUGGAAGGCGUGUCCCCAGAACUUGUGGGCAGGACUCUACGAAGACCUGUCCUAUCACCAGACGGCAAGUUCCUGGCCGCGGUCGCACCAGACCAAAGAAUCCACCUGAUCAACCUAGCCGAGGCAGCGUACGGACACCAAUACAUCACAGCGCUCAAAGUACCCAGAUCGACACGCUCAUUCCUAGAAAAAUGUAACAUUCUGCGAUGGUCACCGGAGACAGUGGUGCCCUCGGCCCAGGCUGACGAGGCGUGGUCCAAUACCACUUCGGAGUGCGAGUACGGACUGACCUGGCUCCUGCUAUCAGACGGCAAGCGUCUGAUAGCCGUAAGUACCAACCUUCAAACUCCACGGAUGAUGCUGGGACUUGACGACGAAGCCGCCGCAAAGUCCAACAUCCUUGCUGACUUCGAAUUGGGAGGGCAGUUCGGAAGGCUCAGCCUUGUGGACUUCGUCUUCAACCACCGCCAUGCGCUGGUGAUGUUCGAGUUCGGGACCAAUGCAGCUGUGCUCAGCCUAACCAAACCAGAACGGGAGGAAAUCCCGCAUGUCAAAUUCCCCGACUCCCGCAGUCUUACAGAGGCACCAGACGCAAGAUAUUUUGCUUUACUCCGAAGAGUCAAGGGUCAGGACAGGGUGACAGUUUUUGAGCUGGUCGAAAGCAACCAAAUAACUUACAAAUCAUUUGACUGCCACACUUCGGACGCACAAAGCUUGCACUGGUGUCCAGCAGGAGGUCCUGUUCUGGCGGUCUGUGACUCCCCCGCAUAUGGAGUCAACGUCUGUUUCUUCACGGCCCAAGGGCAUGCCCUGAGGCAGAUUGAUAUCACCUCCUCCACCUUCAGCUGGCACAUCCACGCCGCAACGGAUCCGGAAUGCGUGGGGCUCACGCUCUGGAGGUGGCUGAAAGAUGGCAAUAUGACAGACAGAACAAUCCAAGUUGCGACAAAUGGACAAAACCAAGUGCUAAUUCGAUACCAAUCCACAACCGACAUGGUAGUUCAGAAAAUCACGAGCUUCACACACCCAGAAGUCAUCGACGGUUCCAGGACAAUGGUCUGGCAAGAAACAACCAUUCCGAACGAGACAUCGAGGUCGACAUUCACCCAGCAGACCAGCGCGUUCGAGGCUAAACAAGAACAAGGCCAAAGUUCAUCCGGAGAUGGACAGGCACAAUCACACAUACAGAAUCAAGUCGACAUCAUCGGCUUGAAUGCAAAUCACGCCCUGAUGGCAACCCGUGUCCGCUCCUCACCUCAAACACUCUGGGUGUGGGAGCUCCGUGCACUUGCCCACAGCCCUUGGCAUGCACACACCGUCCUGACAUUUUCACAUCCGAUAAAACAAGUUCUCUGGCACCCAAUGCUUUCAAACGUGAUGGUAAUUCUCACAAUAAGCCAAUCUCCCAUCCUGUACGCAUGGUACCAAGAGAUGCUGCCGCCAAUCAGCGGGUCCGUACCAAUUGAUACGAGCAUAUCGACGGACUACUCUGCCACCUGGCUGCCAGCGUGCAGACGAGACGAUAACUCCCGAUGUCCUUUCAUGCUCACAUCCCGCACGGCGUUUGAAGUCGGAUAUCUCGAAAGCUUCAACGGGCGGAUCGUAUUUGAGAGCAUAGUUAACCGCAAGAACGCGUUUGCCGGACUCAACGGCGACGACGCGACCGAGAUGGAGAUUGAGACUCCCAGCCGACCCAGCAAACACAGAAGUAACAACCAGUGUGACAGAUUCAAAAAGGCCAGGCUCGACGCCGAACCAAGUCCGCGAACACAUCCUGAUGAUCCCCUCUAUGCGCAGUCGACGGGGGCUGGAUAUUGUUGGUAG